AUGCAUUUUAUGGCAGGCCCUGCAGGUAGCCAGAGCCUGGGGCCCCUGGGCCUCCACAGAACCCCCCACUCCCUGUACAUGGUCUUCUUGAUGGUGCUCAUCAUGAUGAGCUUGGUGUCUGCUCAGCAACCCAAAUACCUGCGCUGCUAUCGAUGCCUCUUGGAGACCAAGGAGUUGGGGUGCCUCUUGGGAUCUGAUAUCUGUCUUGCCCCAGCUGGCAGCAGCUGCUUGACUCUCCAUAUAAAGAACAGCUCGGGUACUGACAUCCUGGUGAGUGACUGUCGCCGCAAGGAGCAGAUGAGUGACUGCUCACACACCCGCACCUCUCCCGUGUUUGGCUACUGGAUAUUCUCUCAAUGCUGCUUCCUGGAUUUCUGCAAUAACCCUCAGAACAGAGUCCUGAACUUACCUUAG